ACCCGCAGCAUGAGCAUGUACCCCCGCAGCGCUGCUCCGAGGGGCCGGUCAGCCCACAGUAACGGCCCGUUCCCGUCGAACCCCGGGCCACGAUUUUACGACUACAACCACCAGAGCUUGGCAGGUGUCAACAGCUUCAAUGUUCGUGGUCUCGAGAAUUUAUUGCCAUAUAAAUGGAAACCCCCACCAUCCACCUCUCCAGUGCCCCCUCCUUACGCAGCAGCGAUGACCAACAUUCGCAAGAGGCAGCAUGAGGAUUACAGCCCCGACGUUGUGAAACGCCAACGGCUUGACUCCUCUUCCCAGCCACGUAUAGGUUCCCCUUUAAUUCGGGUCCCUCCCCCUCUCCCUCCCUGUCUUCCUGACCAAGUGGUGGCUGGGUCCUCAAGAUCAUCCUUCCCUGAUUUUGAUUGCUCUUAUCCUCGCCCACACUCCCUGCCCCGCCCUCAGGUGCUUGCUGUCCCAGUAAGCCCCAACAGCAUAGAGACCUACGCUAAGGACAAGCUGAGCGUUCAGAUGGUGGAGCUGUUUGAGGCGUGUCAGCAGCAAAUGUCAGAUCUGACCUGGAAGGAGAGGUGCCGAGCUCAGCUGCAGCAAGACAUACAGCGUGUCUAUGCAGCGGCACGGCUUUACCUGACUGGAUCUUCAAUGAAUGGCUUGGGCUGCCGCAGCAGCGAUGCUGAUCUGUGUCUUGUCCUCAGAGGAAAAAAAACACCAAAUCCUAUUCAUGUGCUUACUGCCCUCCAAAGGUUGUUUCAAUCAGUCUCUUUCCUGAACAGUGGUUCUCUGCAGAGUCCACUAGCAUAUGUAGACCGGACUCAACUGAUUAGAGCCAAAGUGCCAAUCCUCAGGUUCAAAGACAAAGACAGUAAUCUGGAGUUUGAUCUGAACAUCAACAACACGGUGGGCAUCAGAAACACAUUCCUUCUGAGGAGUUACGCUUAUGCUGAUCUCAGGAUAAGACCCAUGAUACUUGUCAUCAAGAAGUGGGCACGGCAUCACCAAAUCAACGAUGCCAGCAAAGGAACAUUAAGCAGCUACACACUGGUGUUAAUGGUCCUGCACUACCUCCAAACUCGUCAUGAACCUGUCCUCCCUUCUCUACAGAGGGACCACCCAGACUGUUUCCAUCCGUUCCUGGACGUGGACGUGAUUCCAGAGGGGCCCAAACACAUCCCUCCCUACGUCUCCAGAAACCAGUCUUCUCUGGGAGAGCUACUUCUGGGCUUUCUAAAAUACUAUGCCACAGACUUCAGGUGGGACAACAUGGUGAUCUCUGUGCGAGAGGCCAGAGCUUUUCCCAAGACCAAUUCUAAAGAGUGGAGAAACAAAUACAUAUGUGUGGAAGAGCCAUUUGAAAGAAAUAACGUGGCCAGGGCAGUCCAUGAGAAGAUCAAGUUCAAUGCCAUCAAAGCUCAGUUUGCAGAGUCCUUUCGGAUACUGCGAGAGAGGAAGGACCUGAACUCGAUCCUCCCAGUCAGAGCCAUCAUAAAUAAGGAGACAUCAGGUAGAUAAGGGAUUCAUCAAGCUGAAUGGGAGUCUUCUACCUCAAAACAACCCUGUGGCCAGGAACGGUGAAAGAACUUCAGGAUGUAAUUGGAGAGGAGGUGGCGCGCUGCCCCCGCACCUCACAGCCCAAAAGUUUCUGGGACUCUGAAAGCUCUGGCUGCUUCCAUAUCGGUCGACACACAGUGUGUCAGGUGGAAGUACCUUUUGAAUAUUCUGCACUGUCAAUUGCUUUGCUGCCUUUCCCAAAUUGAUGUGACCUAAUAUUCCAGUAAGUGAGGUUGUAAGAUAAUAUACAAUAUUUGUGCAGUGACACCAGAGGGCCCUGACAUCUAAACGUGCCCCUUAAAGCGAUUUUAACCCAAUACACUUUUUUUGUGAAAUUCAGCGGAUAUUUCCUCACGGCCCGCUAGCUGUCGGUUCUGUGUGUGCGCUGAAAAGAAAUCUGAUUUUCUACACAGCCCUGGCUCUGUUAAUUGAAAACAACAAAAAAUGGUGCGGACCACGCGACACAACACUGUGUGUGCCGUUUGUAAACAUCACUCGCCGACACCUUGAAGUGCUAGUGACGGAUGCUACCACCCGGGGGUUUUGGCCUGGUGGUCAGCGCGUCCGUCUCCCAGUCAGGAGGCUGGGGGUUCGAUCAGUGCGGUCAGAAAAUCAACAACGAACAAUCUUGAAAGACCUUGUCUCAUUCUUUGUUGAUGUUGUGAUUUUACUGCACUGACCUCGCCGCGAACCCGCAGCCUCGGUAAUGGCAGACGGACGCGCUAAACAGAGGCCAAAACCCCGGAGUCGUAGCGAUAUCCGCUAGCACGUGUCUUAAGGUGUCGGUGGGAGUGAUGUUUACAAACUGCACACAAUGGUGAGGUGCUGUCCACACCUAGCUUUUUGCUAUCCAUAUACAGAGCCAGGGCUGAGCCGAAGACCCAGAUGUAUUUUACGGGACACGCGGAACCGACAGCAAACGGACCACGAGGAAAUAUUGGCUGAUUGUUACAAAACUUGUAUUGCUUUAGAAUCGCUUACUGCCCCUUUAAAUGGAAGUGACCAUGUUUCAGUUUCAAGGACUAGUCUCAGCCAUGUUUCUCUCCUCUCCGUUUCAGUUACAUCCAGAUGUUACAGCCAUACUGCACAUAUUAGCAAAUUUGUGUCUGCCACAUACAUGUAAAGGAUAUAGUAUAUAUUUCCUGUCUGGAUCAAUUUGUGACAUCAAAGCCAGUUUUUUGUAAAGCUUUUGUGCGCUUAAACACUAUACACUUUUUCUACCACUCUCAUAUCACCUUCUGAGUUCCUUUUAAAACUGAGCUUUUUUGAAAGUGAUGUUUAACUUGGUGUUGUAAUUUCAAUUUUUUUGAGGGGAUCACUAGAGGGCUGCGCAUCGGGAUGUGUAUGAUGUGUUAUUUGCCAGAAUUCACACUUCUGAGUGUGACUUUGUCUUUGGUUUAUAUUUUUCCUGAGCUCCUUUUGUACAGUUUGUAUAUUACUGACUUUUAAAUGUUUGUUUAAAAAAAUAAAUCUCUGAACAUGUAUGGGUUUUAAAAAAAUAAAAAAUUCUGAACUCCAA